GUUGAGCAUUCGUUCGCCUUGUAAACCACAUUGAUUUUCCAUUUGGUUGCUGUCUAAGUUGUUCUAACAAAACGAAUUUCAACAUUUAACAAUUUACAUCUAUUUGCCAAAUUUACGAUUGUUUGUGAUCAAAAUUAAUUCAUUUAACGAUUAAGAUCCUGCCAACCAUGGGUCUCAAACGCUUCGUGUCCUCAAUGCUUCGCAGUGCCCAGCUGCGAUCAACCAAGGCUGGAGAGCUGGCCGCCGGAUGUCCACCCGUGUUCAACAAGGAUGGCAUGUGGAACGCUAUGGUCCAACGUCAGGUGCAAAAUAAGGCUACAAGUGGUUCAGGGAAAACCAAAGAAAAUGAUCCGGAGAAGCAAUCUGGCGAACUAGCUCCCAAUGCCGCCCGACUUCCUCGCAAGCGCUGCUGGUUGACGAAACGCACAGAUCCCCAAUUGCAGAAGAAAUAAUCAUCAGAUGUGUUUCAACACUCCAAUAUAUAAAGUUUAAUAAUAUUCCAGUAAAUAUAUGCAAUUAAAGUCCGAUAAUUAUAUUAUGAAAAGUUA